AUGGCGGUCAUCGGCAUAGACUUGGGGAGCCUCAACAGCGUCAUGGCCACAGUCCAGAGGGGGACUGUUUCUGUCGUGACAACUGAGCUGUCUGAUCGCGUGACUCCUUCUCUCGUGGGAUUUACAGAAGAUCGCAGACUCAUGGGCGACCACGCUCUUGCACAGGUGAAGAGCAAUGCAAAGAACACCUGCCGUUACUUCAAGAACAUCUUGGGUGAGGUCUUCGAGCCCACAAGCUCUCACCUGAAGAAGGAAAUGGACCUUUCUCUCAACAACAUGGUCUCCCUCUCUCCGAACAAUGUCAUGGGCUACCGCGUCCAGUAUCGAGGGAAGGAGGCGCAGUUUUCGGCGGAGCGAGUUGCCGCUGCGUUCCUCACGAAGCUGCGUCAAGUUGCCGAGGGCAGUCUGCAGAAACCAGUCAGCGAAGUCGUCAUUGCGUGCCCGCCGUGGUUCCGCGACGCAAACCGCUCGGCUCUCCUGGACGCCGCGCAAAUUGCUGGCCUCAAAUGCCUCAGAAUCAUCUCCGACAUGGCCGCGACAUGUUUGGACUACGGAAUGUACAGACGGCACCACUUUGCAGCAGAUCGCCCCCAUAUCGUCGCGUUUGUCGGCGUCGGGCACUCCUCGACGUCUGCAUGCAUCGCGGCGUUCUGGGCGGAUCGCCUGCGCAUUCUCGCGGAAGUCUCCGAUUGCGAGCUUGGAGGCCGCGACAUGGACUAUGAAAUCAUGAACUACUUUGCGUCGGCUUUCGAAAAGAAGACCAAGAUGAACCCUCUGACAAACCUCAAAGCGCGCCUGAAGCUGGAAGACCAAGCGAACAAGGCGAAGAAGAUUCUUUCGGCGAAUUCGGAGACGUCCUUCCACGUCGAGUGCCUGAUGGAAGAUGAAGACUGCUCGGGUCUCCUGACCCGGGACGUUUUCGAGGAGCUUUGCAGCAAGUCCCUCGUCCCCCGAAUGGAAACCCUGCUCCAGUCUGUCAUCGCGAAAAGCGGCCUGAAGAAGGAAGAUUUGACUAGCGUCGAAAUCGUUGGCGGCGGCACGCGUAUCCCUUGGGUGCAAAGAUGCAUUUCGAAUUCGUUCGGUCUCGAGCUGUCGCGAACUCUGGCGGCUGACGAAACUGUCGCAAGGGGCUGUGCUCUGCAGGCUGCGAUGGCAUCGGCCAGCUUCAAAGUGAAGGAGUACGGUUUCGGCGAGCGGACGCUGUACCCGAUUUGCCUGACGUGGACAGAUGGAGACAGUCCCGUGGCAGUGCAGCCGCUCUCGUCUUCCGGCUAUCCGCUGCAAGAGACGGACGCGGGUGUCGAGACACUGCAGCACCAAACGCCGUCAGGCGAGCCGUGCAUUCUCAUUCCUGCUGGGAGUGACACAAACACCAUCCGGAAAAUCACCUUUCUGCGCAACGGCCCGUUCACCCUCAAGGCGCAGUACGCGGAUUUGCCCGCCGGGGCGCCUUGGGCGCAACUCGAUGCCUGCCACGUCUCGUUGACGCCGGCGGCGGAACCUCAGGAGAUCCAGAUUUUCGUUCACUUGAACUUCUUCGGCCUGCUUCGAUUCGCGCGCGUGUGCGUGAAACAGCGACGCGAAGAGGUCGUCGCGGAGACGCCGGAAGGUGCGGCCGCUCCCGCGGAAGAUGCUGCGCAGGGUACCGACGAGGCUGCUCCGGCAGAAGCUCCAAAGGCGGAAGUGAGGGCUGUGGUGAAAACCGUCAAGAUCGACGUGCCUUACCAAGUGCAAGAGGCGCCGAGUCGCCCCACGACGCUGCAGCUGAGAGAGUUCCGGGAAGACGAGCUCAACAUGGACAACGAGGAUCGCCUGACGCGCGAGAAGAUGGACCGUCUGAACGAGCUCGAGUCGUACCUCUACACGCUGCGAGACGACAUCGGCGGGAAGAUGCGCGACUUUGCGACGGCUGAGGAGAGAUCUCGCAUCGAAGCGCAGCUGGAGACCACUCAGCAGUGGGUUGACGACGCGCUGAUGGACAUCUCCGCUGUCGCCAAGAGCGCCGUCGUGGCGAAGCUCCAGGAACUUCAGGAAGUUGGCGGCAAGGUUUCACACCGCUUUGAGGAGUACUCUGGGAGACACGAAGCUGAGCAACUCCUCCUCGCAGCAGUCUCCGAGAGCCGCUUGGCGGCCCAGAGCCACGAUGAGGCGUACGCCCACAUCCCCGUCGAGGAGAAAAGAAAGGUGAUAGACAUGGCGAAUGAAACGGAAGCCUGGCUGUCGGACAUGUCUCUGAUUCGUCGUGUCUCCUUCUCGCCUUUGCAGAUGGCCAAACAGAGCGGUCUCGCCUUGCACGCCGACCCGAUUGUGACGGUUCUGGACAUGCACAGGAAGCGCGAGGCGCUCCUACACUUUUCGCAGAAAGUCUUUUCGGCGCCGCGUCCGAAGCCAGCUGCGCCCGCGGCUCCAGAGCCGGCAGGCGCGCAGGAGGAUGUGAACAUGAACGCCGAAGGAGAGCAGGCGGUUCCCAAUGCUGAGAACGCUGAGGCGCCAGGCGAGGCGCAACCCCAUCAACAGCCCGCGGCGUAG